UUUGUUGCCUAGUAACCAAGGUCAAACAAACAGCGCCAAAUUACAUUUCAAAACUGGCAAGUGGUAAUGAAGUGAUGAAUUAAAUGCCUAUAAAUACUAUAAAUAAAACUAAUCAGCCAUUAUUUAUUCUUAUCAUUUAAAUAGUUCAGCAAACUCUGCAGUAUAAAAAUUGGCUAAAAUGAUUUUUACCCCAAAUUACUUGUUUUCAAUGCCACCUUUAUAGCUAAUCCAAAGAUUUUUUCAUAAUAAUGGAUAGUGUAAUACAUUGAUGGCUGAAGAAUGGCACAACACCAUGGGUUUGAGCAUUCGGCUGAGGACGCGAAGGUUCCAUUAUGGCUCGAAGAUAUUAGCAAGAAAAUCAAAGAGACACACAUAAAAAACGACAAAAAUGAUUGUUCUCCAACGUUUGAUCUCCCUUGUCCUAAAUAUGGAAAUUCCAAAUUGGACACUCACAGGUUAUUACGAAGAACGUCGUUAGAUACAGCAAUGGAUAUGAUUUUAAAGCCUCAAAAACAUCAAAAUGCACAAUCAGCUGGCACUUUACGGAACAAUCGGAAUAACGGCUACACACAUAAUGGACGAAGAAAACAAAAUAUUAACGGAAAACAAGAAUGGAGUGAUUCUACAAACGUUGCAACAAAUGAUUUUCUCUCGGAUCUACUUCCUCAUUAUGUGACGCCGAGACACAGAUGUUUGAAGAACCCUGGCGAUGAUGAUUUUAACGACGUCAUUUUAGGAUCACGUUUCCAGGAGGCUUAUCGAAAUAACAAAAAUCAUGUCCCAAAAGAAGCAUCAUCAAGUAUUACACAAAAUACGUUUAAUACAAUUACCAACGUGUCCUCGAAAAAACCUACGUCCCUAAUAUCUGUCUCCGGAAGACAUUCACAAAAAGAGAGACUCAAAAGUGAAUUUAUUAUACCAGAACUACCCGAAGGAAGAUUGUUAGAAAUUAAGAUUUAUUCAAACUGGGGCGAUAAAUUUCUAGUUGGUAUGAAUGGUGUGGAGAUGUUCGAUUCAAAUGGUCAUCAGAUUAAUAUUGAAAAGGUGUGGACAGACUCAGACACAGGAGACUAUUCUAAGUACGGUCGCUUAGAGAACAUAGUAGAUGGUGUGGUGCGUACUCGGGACGAUAAGCACGCUUGGAGUACAUCCGUGACGCGAGCGUUACCUAUUGCCAUUAGUGUGCUCUUGACUACUUGCACUAAACUGGCUUUGUUGAGGAUAUGGAAUUACAACAAAUCACGCAUCUAUUCAAGCCGUGGGGUUAGAUUGGUUCAGAUAAAACUGGAUGAUCAAGUCAUAUUUCACGGUGAAAUCGCUCGCGCCAGUGGAGAAUUAAAAGGGUCCAUGCAAUCUUUUGGAGACACCAUAAUUUUCACCAAAGAUCCAAACAUUCUCGAAUCCAUUUUGGCUAACGAUAAGAACUUUCAAUCACUUUUAAAGGACAAUGAACCAAUGGUUGAUUCUACUGUCGAAAAACGGCCACCAACAGCCAACGCAAAUAAAAACAAUUUAAGCCCUCCAACAAUAGGGGAUUUUGGAAGUAAUGAACAUGAAAUUAAGUAUGUAGUCAGAAGUGUAAAGUUAACUCUGAUGUCCAACUGGGGGCAGAAGAAACUUAUUGGAUUGACGGGUAUUGAUAUCCUCUGCAAUAAUAAUUCGAUUGAAGUGCAUCGUGCUCACGCAUACACGUCCCAUAUCAGCGAUGAACUAAGUCCAACACACAACAGUUAUAUUGAUUGUAAAAGUUUGUUUAAUGGAAACAAUAUCACCACAGAACUUGAUGAGAUGUGGUGCACGAAUUUUGCCCCAGGGUAUAAAUUCUGUCACAUUGUCAUGGAAUUUGUAGAGCCGACUGAGAUUACAAGUGUCCGCAUAUGGAAUUACAAUGCGAACAUGGAUAUGUCGUAUAUCGGAGCGAAGCAUGUGCGAAUUUCGCUCGAUGAGGAGCCAUUGCAUCAGCGAGCGAUUUUACUGCGACGCGCUCCAGGCGAUACUUGUUAUGACUACGUACAACAUCUUGAACUUGCUGCGUUGGAUGAUAGGUUAAACAGUCAUCAAGCAUCCGACUCGACUCCAGAAUGGCUACUCUACGGCACGCUAGAAUUGAAAGUACCGACGGGUUUCGUCCUACAGAUCAGCAUUUAUUCGACGUGGGGUGAUCCUUACUACGUCGGCCUUACUGGUGUUGAGCUCUACGAUCCACAGGAAAAUAUGAUUGAAGUUACUGAGUCUAACGUUUGUGCGCAACCAGCGAGCGUUAAUGUAUUGGAAUCACGUGGUUCUCGCGGUGUCCGUGACGUGCGCACGCCUGCGCGUCUUGUGGACGGGCACAACUCGCGUGCAUCGCACGCUCACCACUCGUGGCUUGCGCCAAUCUUACCGCAUACGCUUAAUAGGGUAUUUUUCGUAUUUGAUUCCCCAAUUUCAGUAUAUGGUAUGAAGAUUUGGAACUACGGCAAAACCCCUACCAGAGGCGUCAAAGAAUUUGGGGUCUUGAUGGACGACUUAUUGGUAUACACGGGCUCGUUGGAAAUGGCUAAAGGUGAAGAACUAGUUCCACAGUGGAUAUGCUUACAGGAUGUUGACAUCGACAAUCUUUCACCCAGCCCAUCGGAAGCCAGUCGCAGCACGACAAGUGGAAGCGCAGCCGACCCCGCCGCCAGACCGCACACUGCAGUGCACGGGUUUACGUUCAAGAGCGACCUUCAACAAUGAAUUAUUGGUCUACUAUUAAUUAAGCUUAAAAU